AUUUUCAUUUUCCAAACAACGUGUUUUCUUAUCGUUGUAUUUCGCCAUUUCGGCUAAUUAUGACAUUUUUAAAAGAAAGUGUUCGUCAAAAGUUGUGUUAAAAGUUUCAUAUUUGCUGCAUCGUAUCGAAAUCUGUAUCCCAGAUCAUCACCGGAGGAUUCUAAAUGCUCAACUCAAGAUGGCGAAAAUGCUACCUUGCUACAGUUUAUGCCCGUUAAUCGAGCAAAAAAGCUUCCUCGGACUGACACCGGAUGCCGAACAAGAUACAGUCAUAGUGACCGCCAACAGCAACAUAAUCGGACGAUACAAAGUCUCGGAUCCGAAACAAAUCACAUGCUGGAACAGCAAAGGCAGUAUAAGCUCAGCAUCCGUAUACGAUAAACACAACGAAACCUACGUGGGUGUUUUUAAUCACAACGAGCUACGUCAAUGGUCCAUCAACGUAGAAAGUAUCGAUAAAGUCAAGAAGUACAAAUUCGCUGAAAAAAUAACCGGUCUAACGAUCGAUCCUGAUCUCGGUAAAACGGUGGUGGUUUUCGAAAAAGGGUACGUUUCGUACUUGGACACAGUUCUAGAAAAACGUAAAACCGCUUUCGAAUCGUCUCGUUUGAAAGAAGGCGAAAAAAUACUAUCGUACGAGAUUCUAUCGAUUAACAGUACCGUUGCCGUUGUUAGCUUAUUAGUGAGCUGUAAUAAUGCGUACAGAUUGAUCGGUGUCCAACCAGAUAUUACAGGCGAUCCUCUGUUCAGCUACGGUUUCCAAUACGAUGGUAAAUUACUAGGGUAUUGUUUGAUUUCUGAUAAAAGUCUAGAUUGCAUUACGCUAUGGUCCGAUGGUCAAUUAUUCCGAAAUGGUUUACUACGCGAUUCUAACAAACGUAUGAAACAUUUAAACACCUUCUCCGAUAUCGAUGCUCAGUAUACGGUCGCUUUAAAGACGCUGUCACCCUAUAGCGUUGCUCUCUGUUACGUGAAAAACGGAGGAUUAACCCUGCUCGUGUACAGCGUGAAGUACAACUUGACACAUUGUAAACAAUUCUACGAAAAUUGUACGAAUUCUCCUCAGCUUUGGUACCUGAAUUCGAAGCUCUUCCUCAUCCUGGGACAUAACCUGGUCGUCGUUCCUUAUCAGCAAGAGAAUCGUAAAUUAUCCACGAUGGUCGGUACUAACACUGAAAACCUAGAAAAACGUAUCGACGAAGUUAUCUCCGAAGCUGAAAUAUGUAAAAAGACUGUACCUCAGAUGAUCGAAGAGUCCAAUAUCAAAGAAUUACGUAACCUUGUGAAUACCUCUUGCGAUAUACCGGAUUCGAUUCUGAUAGAUUUACUAUUAUGGUGUUUGAAGAAGAAGAAAUCCAGAAGAGAUGUACUGGAAUCUAUCCUGCGUAAUUUUACUCUAACUGAUGUGUCGGUUUUAAAGAAUACCGUUUCGGUCGACGCGUCUUUGGAUAUUCUAGAGUACGUUAUUGGUCAAAUGAAAAUGUCGCACGAUAAUGGUAGAUUGGUCAAAUGGGCUACCGCUUUUAUCGACGCUUAUUACCAACAGUACAUGAUGUCCAAUGAUACGGAAGUAUUCGAGAGAUUGAAUUCGUAUUUAAACGUAUUGAAAACAGAAUGCCUCAAAUUGACCGACUACGUUGAAAUUGCUGCUACAGCGUCGUGUAUUACGAAGAAGAAACAGAUAUUGAGUUGAGGAUUUUUAUUUAUUAUUAUUUUUUUUGCCAACUUCGUUGUUCUGUUUUUUUUAAUAAAUUGUCGUAUUUUUCA